AUGGCGUCCCUAGCAACCGAGUACUACCAGUUCCUCUUGGCCCAGGGCGUCUGCAGUACAAUCGGUCUUAGCUUUUUAUACUCGCCCGCACUAGCUCCCAAGAAGACGCAGGCCGUAACCCUGGCCGCUCCCUUUAAAGAGUUCCCUUUCGUUAUGAUGUUGCUGGGAAUGUUCAUCCUAAUGUACGGCAUCUUUAUUCCGGUCAACUUCUUGGCCUUGCAGGGUUUGGAGCACGCCCACGUGUCCGAAUCCAUGUCGCUCUACUUAGUGGCCAUCUUCAAUAGUGCGAGUCUCUUCGGGCGUCUGGGCUCUGGAUACUGGUCUAACAUCGCCGGCCGAUGGAACGUGUUCAUCAUCGCCGGUGCCGCCUCAGGCAUCAUCGAGCUGGCCCUCUGGAUCCCGGCCACAUACGAGGCCGCCACCAUCGGCUUCGCCGUCGCGUUCGGCUUCCUCUCGGGCGCCUUCGUCAGCCUCCUCGCGGCCCUGCCGGCAACCGUGUCCCCUCUGCCCGAGAUCGGCUACCGGAUCGGCGUCGUCAUGCUCAUCCUCUCGCUUCCCGCCCUCACCAUGGCGCCCAUCGGCGGGAGCAUCUUGCAGAGCGCGAGUUCGGUCGACGAUGGCUGGCUGCACGUCAAGAUCUUUGGAGGUGUUAUGUCCCUCGCCGGGUCGGCCGUCGUCUUCUACGCCAAGACUCUCUACACUAAGAAGGUCUGGGCGGUUUUUUAAAAGACAGUGGAGGCUACGCACACAAGCACACGCGCCCACCAAGUCAAGUUCACAGGGGCGCGUUAAGAAGGCGUGAUUGUUAGUCUGACACCUAUAGUGCUUCAUCACAGCAGUAGGGGAUCAAUUGUCGAUGCUAGUGAAGGGCAUCAGGCCUCAGGCAACAUAGGAUAGAAACGUCUUGUCAUAGCAUACUCGUUCGUGCAAAUUACUUUGCCUCUUACAGACACGAAGCCGUGGUGCCACGGCUUUGUUCCACAACCUUAAAUUCAAG